UCUUUUUCCUUAAAAUCUUUCUUAUGUUCUAGAGAGAGAAAAAGGGCUCUGUUUUCGUUGAGGUUCUUCUCUGUUUCUUGAACUCUUCAAUGGCGACGAACCAUUUCUCCUUCAAACCCGGUAGGCUAAAUCUUUAUACCAUCACUUUAGUUACGAUUCUCUGCGCCGCCUUUUACCUCGUCGGCGUUUGGCAACAUUCCGUCGGAAAAUCCAUCGUAUUUUCCAACGGAAAUUACGCCUGUACCACCGUCGCCGCCACCCAAAAUUCCACCGCCGACGUCACCGUCGACCUUGAUUUCACCGCCCAUCACACCGCCUCCGAUCUUAAAGUCGUUACAAAAGCGCGUAAUAUUCAACUCCCACCGUGCGACGGGAAGUUUAGCGAAUACACCCCCUGCGAGGACCGGGAAAGGUCGCUGAAAUUCGAUAGGGAUCGGUUGAUUUACCGAGAACGUCACUGCCCAGUCGCCGGCGAGAUUCUUAAAUGCCGGAUUCCGGCGCCGGCAAACUACAAGGUUCCGUUCCGGUGGCCGGAGAGCCGGGAUUUCGCUUGGUUUUCGAAUGUUCCGCAUAAGGAAUUAACGGUGGAGAAGAAGAAACAGAAUUGGGUUCGGUACGAGAAAGACCGGUUCAGAUUCCCAGGCGGCGGCACCAUGUUCCCUCACGGCGCCGACGCCUACAUCGACGAUAUCGGGAAACUGAUCAGUCUCGCCGACGGGUCUAUCAGAACCGCCGUGGACACCGGCUGUGGGGUGGCGAGUUGGGGAGGAUACUUAUUGUCGAGGGACAUAUUGGCAAUGUCAUUUGCGCCUAGAGACACUCAUGAAGCACAAGUUCAAUUUGCGCUCGAGCGUGGAAUCCCCGCUCUAAUUGGAGUUCUCGCUUCGAUCAGACUCCCGUAUCCUUCUCGAGCUUUCGACAUGGCACAUUGCUCUCGUUGCCUCAUUCCCUGGGCUCAAUCUGAAGGAAUGUAUUUGAUCGAGGUUGAUAGAAUUCUAAGGCCUGGUGGAUACUGGAUUCUCUCUGGACCACCUAUAAACUGGGAAAGCCACUGGAAAGGUUGGAACAGAACGACCGGGGAUCUCCAAGACGAGCAGUCGAAGAUCGAGGCUGUGGCCAAAAGCCUAUGCUGGAAAAAGUUGAAGCAGAAGGGUGACAUUGCCAUUUGGCAGAAACCAACCAACCAUGUUCACUGUAAAAGGAAUCGCAAGGCGUUGAACGUCCCCGACUUCUGCAAGGGAGGGCAGGACCCCGACACCGCAUGGUACACUAAGAUGGAGCCUUGUUUGACCCCACUUCCUGAAGUGUCCGACAUAAAGGAAACUGCCGGCGGGCAGCUGCUCAACUGGCCGAAGAGACUCACUUCUGUUCCACCAAGAAUAAGCAAUGGGAGUUUCAAGGAAAUCACACCACAAAACUUUACUGAAAAUACAGAGCUAUGGAGAAAGAGAGUAGCACAUUACAAGGCCUUGGACAACCAGCUAGCUGAGCCUGGGAGGUACCGCAAUUUGCUCGACAUGAACUCGUUCUUGGGUGGCUUCUCAGCUGCCCUUAUCGACGAUCCGCUCUGGGUUAUGAACGUUGUCCCAGUUGAAGCAGAUUUUAACACCCUUGGAGUCAUAUACGAACGGGGACUUAUAGGAACAUAUCAAAAUUGGUGUGAGGCAAUGUCAACGUAUCCUCGAACAUAUGACUUCAUUCAUGGCGAUUCAAUCUUCAGUAUGUACAAGAGCAGAUGUGAAAUGGAGGAUAUUCUGCUAGAAAUGGACCGAAUUCUGCGACCACAGGGCAGCGUGAUCCUCAGAGACGAUGUCGAUGUGUUGGUGGAGGUCAAGAGCAUUGCAGAGGGUAUGCAAUGGAAUUGCAGAAUCGCAGAUCAUGAGAAAGGACCCCAUCAGAGAGAGAAGAUACUAGUGGCAACCAAGCAGUAUUGGACUGCACCUGCACCUGAAGAAGAUAAUCAAGAAAAACAAACAUCUUGAGAGUUAGCAGAGUCCUCCCAAUGUUUCGAUUCGACGUUCCGUUCCGUUCCUUCUUCCUUUUUCCUUUCUAAUCUUUGAGGUUAAUAACUGUUCUUAUAAAUUCAUUUUUUUUUUGUUUCAAUACCCACUUUUUCUUGUGAAAGGGACUUUCAGAGGUUGGAUCAUAUUGCCUGAUAUAACUGCUGUUGAAAAUGUCAAUGUAA